GAGAGAUAAAAAGAAUUUUUCUCGCUUUUUUUUUUUUUUGUUUAAAAUUCAAUGAGUAUUUUUUAUCUCAAACGUCACAAAUACAGCAAGUAUAAAUACAAGUUGUCAGUGAUAAUUGUCUCAUUGUUUCAACGCAAUUACUCAUCGAGUGAUAAAUACUCAAGAACAAUUAAAAAAUAAAACAACACGAGGAAUAUAUAUUUAAUUGUUUGUGAUAAUAACAAGUCCUUAUCAGUUUUUUUUUUUGAUACCUUUUGGGAUAUGGCUGACAUAUAUUAUUCCCUCAAGUGUUAAGUUUAUCAAUAAUUACAAAAAAGAAUUACAAACUCUUCAACAAUAGAAAAAGAAAAAAAAACUAUUCAUAAAACAGAAUAUUUAAUAAUUUAUUUAUCAAUGAAUGACGUAAAUUAAUUUUUUAAUUAUUUAUUAAUCAUUGUGCAAAUUAAUUUACAAAACAAAAGGAUAUUGUCACACAAUGGGCUGACAAAAAUGAAUUUUAAAAAUUCAUUUUUUUAUUAGAAAAAAAAAAACCAAAAAUUAAAAUGUAAUUUUUGUGUUAAAGAGCAAAAUAUUUCUAUGAAUUUUAAUUAAUUUUAUUGUGUUUAUAUGAAUAAUAUAUUUAUGUAAAUUAAAUAACAAAAAAAAGGUGUAUUGUCAAUUUUAAAUAUUAAUAGUCAAUAGAAAAAAAAUUAUUAUAAAUUAAAAUGGCAAAAAAUUUACCAAAAAGAGUUAUUGAGUGGUCAAAUGAUGAUGUUGUCAAGUGGCUUAAAGAUAGUGGUAAUUUAUCAUGUGUUAAUCAAUUUAUGGAACAUGAUAUUGAUGGUAAAUCAUUAUUGACAUUAAAAGAAGAUGAUUUAAAAAUAAAUGGUUUAAAUAUUAAAAAAAUUGGUGAUGUUAAAAGACUAUAUAUUAGUAUUAAAAAAUUACAAAAAGAUAAUAUGUCAGUAUUAUUUGAACUUGGACAAAUUGAAUUAUUUACAACAAAUAAUUUUUAUACAAAUAAUAAAAAUGAGUUACCAAGCAUAACAACAAACAACACUGAAAGUUCAAUUGAUCAUGAACUUUAUUCAGCAUCAGAUGAUGGACAUGCAUCACAAUUACCACCAGAAAUAUUUAAAGCAUUAUUAAGUCUUGGAUAUUUAUUUAUUGUAACAUGGAUAACAGCAUUUGUCAUGGUUAUUGUACAUGAUCGUGUACCUGAUAUGAAAAAAUAUCCACCAUUACCAGAUAUUUUUUUAGACAAUGUACCACAUAUACCAUGGGCAUUUGAUAUGUGUGAAGUAACUGGUACACUAUUAUUUGCAAUUUGGUUACUUGUAUUGAUAUUUCAUAAAUACAGAUUUAUUUUAUUGAGACGUUUUUUUGCACUAUCUGGAACUGUCUUCCUAUUGAGAUGUGUGACAAUGCUGAUAACGUCAUUGUCUGUACCUGGUGCACAUUUACAAUGUCAACCAAGAACACGACCAGAUGAACCAUGGACAACAACUGCUUAUGGUGAAUUGUACAAUAAAAUUUCCAUGGCUUAUGUUAUUUGGCGUGGUGCUGGUUUGUCAAUUCAAGGUGUUAGAACAUGUGGUGAUUAUAUGUUUAGUGGUCAUACUGUUGCAUUGACAAUGUUAAAUUUUUUUAUAACUGAAUAUACACCAAGACCUUUUUAUUUUCUUCAUACAUUUACUUGGAUGUUAAAUAUGUUUGGUAUAUUUUUUAUUCUUGCUGCACAUGAACAUUAUUCAAUUGAUGUAUUUGUUGCAUUUUAUAUAACGUCAAGAUUAUUUCUUUAUUAUCAUACAUUGGCUAAUAAUCAAGCAUUGAUGCAACGUGAUUCAAAUAGAACUAGAAUAUGGUUUCCAUUAUUUAGCUUUUUUGAAUCAACUGUUGAUGGAAUUGUACCGAAUGAAUAUGAAUCACCAUCACUUAUAAUAUAUAAUAUUGCAUCUUCAUUUAAUGAUGCUGGUAAUUUGUUGAGAAAAAAAUUAAAUUUACAUAAAAAACAAUUUCUCGUUGAUAAUAUUAGUAAAAAAAAAAAAAAACUUUAAAACAACGUUAAAUAUUAAUCAAAAAUUUAGGAACAAUUACUUUUUUUUUUUUUUUUUUUUUAUUUUAAUUUAGAAAAAUUACAUUAUUUUAAUUUAGAAAAAUUUAUUUAAAGAACAAAAAAUUUGUCUCAAAUUAUUAAUUAAAUUAAUGAUGAUUUAAUUUGUAUAAAAAAAAAAAAAAUAUUAAUUAUUUUUGAGUUUUUUUUUUUGAGGCUUUUUAAUUUAAACAGAAGGCUUAUUAGUUUAUAAUAAAUAGAAAAAUAAAAAUUAACAUUUUCAUUGAAAAGAAAGAUUACAUGUUUAACUAUUUGCUAUUUUUAUAAAAAAAUAUAUAUAAAUAUGAAUUUAAUGUAACUAAAACAAAAAAAAUAAUGUUUAAUUGUUAAAUUAAUUUAAGAUACGUGAUUGAUUAGAAUUUUCAAAUUUAUAUUUCUUUUUUGUUUAGCUAUUAUUUUAAAAAUGUCUUCUGCCAUUUAUGAGAUUAAUCGCUGUUUUUUUUCUUCUUUUUUCAAUGGUUUUUGAUAAUGAUCUUGUUCUAUGCCCAAUGCUUUUAAUCCUAAGAUAAUAAUAAUAAUAGUUAUAAAAAAUAUACAAUAAAAGCUGAAAGAAUAAAUUUAUAAAUAAAAGAAA